ACCGACACCGCUAUUCCCUUCACGCACGAUUGCCUAUUCCUUUUCUUUGCGAGAACUAUUUGACAUGUCAGCCCCAGGAGCGGAUACACGUGGCCUAAUAACUAAUGAAAACAUUUAACGAAUGAAGUUCGGGGCGGAUUAACCAGGGUUUUUAAAGGUUAAUACUUUUCUUUGUUGGAACGUGUUUUGUAUGGCGUUAAACAAGAGAGUGUGGCGAUUUUACAAGUGUAUCUAAAAUAUGAGAGGCAGAAACACAGUGCUGCUGGCUCUGCUAUUUUUGGCUGGCCUCACGACUGUUUAUAUUUUGCAUUCAGGCCCUGGCGUUUUUCAACAGCUUAAUCGACAGUCUGGGACAGGAAAAGAGCAUCCCAAAACUCUGUCUAAAGCAGACGAGUACCGGCUGAGAUACCCUGACCCCCACAAUGACACUGUGGUUCUGCCUCCCAAAGAAGUCAUGCAGAAGAUGGACCAAGGGGCCCUGGGGGAUCUGUAUCACAAGUAUAUCAACAGUUUACAGAUUUUCUGUCGGAAGGUCAUUCGUCUCGGCAAACUAGAUGACGGAGGAUGGGAUUUUUGCGAUGACUACCGAUUUCGUCCAAGGAACAACUGUCUAGUCUAUUCAUAUGGCAUCCAGUUUGACUUUAGUUUUGAUGAUGCCAUUGUGAAGAAAUACAACUGUGAAGUGCAUUCUUUUGAUCCCAGCAUGAGGGUAGGGGAUCACAAACACGGUAAAAAUGUAUUUUUCCACGCCACGGGUCUGUCGGGGGACAACAAUCCCUCCCGGGGGACAGGCUGGAAGAUGAGGACCCUUCAGAAACAGAGAGAAGAACUGGGUCACGCUAAGCGGCCAAUGGAUGUUCUCAAAGUGGACGUCGAAGAGUGGGAGUGGUCUGCCCUUCCUGAUAUGAUUAGUUCGGGGGCGCUGAACGAUGUACGACAGUUUGCCAUCGAGCUGCAUAUCACACUAAGGAUCGAACCAGACGGCAGCAAAUAUUUACUGGGAUUAAGCAUUCUCAAAGACCUCUACGAUAUGGGAUUUAGGAUUUUCUGGACUCAUCGGAACCUGUGGUGUAAAUUUUUCCCUCAGAAUGGGGCACCUCAAAGAACCGGCUGUCAUGAAGUCUCGUUUGUUAAUAUUAAUAAUGUGUGAAUUCAGCAUUUUUCAAACUCACCUUAACCAAAGGAGUUCUCUUAGAGAUUGAGAGAAAGUGUUUGACCUGCAUUCAAAAUAUUCCAUGGAGAAAUACAUGGUCUUACAAUUGUCCUGAUUUUGACUCAAGGUCAUUUGAAGUCUAUGGUAUUAUUGAUUUCCAAAUUGUGACAAAUUGUUAUCAAGCAUCAGUCUUAAAGUUGUCAAAACCAUUGUAAAAACAAAAGAUGAAUCAAAUUUUACUGAAGAUAACAAUACUCAAUAUAUGUAACUGUGCCUGGUGCAUGUAAACUUUGAAAGAUAUAUUUUACCGUUAGCUUAGUAUUCGUUUUUGCAAUGCAUGUGCCAACUUUUUAUAUGGUUUGUUUAAUCUUAUUGCAUAGUACGUGUAUAAGGAACCAAUUUUUUUUUAAAAUUAUAUACAGAGAUUUGACAGUAUUUUUAUACUUUCUGUAAUCCCAAAGACUUUGUUUUGUAGUAAAACCCUCAGACGACAAAGAAAUUUAUAAUUUAUUCCUUUAAUAUAUGUGUUCAUUGAAACUUCAUCCAACCAGUUCAACAUUUUUCUAUAACUUGUGGCAUACAUUAUAAGCACCACCUUUUCUUUUCCAUUUGACUGUUUGAAGAACUGAUUAAAGAACUAAUAUAGGAGAAUAUAGUAAUCAAUGCUUAGAAUUCAGUCACAAUUGUAAUAUAAUAUGUUUGCAUUGUUUGUCAAAUGUAAACGUAUUGUAUUUACCAUGCAGCUUUAAUGUAGCAGUAUAUAAUGAUGCCGAUGCAUUUAUUUGCAGAUUUUGUCUAGUCACUUGUUAUUGAAUCUGAAAUAUCCGAGAGUUUAGAGAGAUUUUUUUUAUUAUUAUUAUUAUUAAUAUUUACAAUGAUUAGUAAUUUGAACUCCCUGGCUUUUCAAUUCAUAAGUUUAAACUUGUUGUUUAAUAAUCACUGAUAAUUAACUUAAUUAGGACAUGCACUUGUUUAGAAUUGUUUAAUUUUGUUUUAUUUUUUUUAAUGAGAAGAUGUUACAUGUAUUACAUAUAUACCAAGUUUCGUAACUUUUUUUUAAAUAUUGUUUUUGGUGAUGAGAUCACGUGAUGAAGAGGUCAGGUGAGAGUCGUCUCUCUUUCUGUACACAUCUACAGGGCUCAAUAUUCAGGCACGUCCGACAAACUCAGACUGGUGGAAGUUUGGUCUGGUAUUAUUUAUUUCGAGUCCAAGAUAGCCUAACUAAAGUCAGUAAAUAACUAAAUAUCUACAAAUGAACUUUAAAUAUUUUUUUCAAACUAUCUACACUGCAGUUUGCUCAUGUAUGCUUUCUUAAAAAAUGUUUAUUGGUAUAUAGAUUUUUUACAUUUAUUUUUAAUUCUCAAUGGAAAAUCAAAUAAUCAUGCAUACACAAAAAGAUCUGUAUGAAAGACUGUAAAAGCUAGUACUUGUUUUAAAGUACAUGUACUAUAAUAUUUGAUAAUUAUCAGACAUUUGUUUACACCAUUAUAAGUAUGCAUGUACAUAUAAAUAUUUCACCAAUAUUGCCACCAUUUAAUUUUCUCUAAAAGACUACUUAAUAUGCUUUUUGCAAGAUCUUUUUCAUUUUCACAACUGUUGUGCAGCAUAAGUCUUAAUUUAAUCUCACUAGAAGAAAAUUCAGCAUAGUAAUCUGUCUUUAUGAUAUUUGCCUUAAUUAUGACAGUCAGAUGGUCCAAUUGCCAGUGGCCAGAUAACUUAGUAGAUCACAUGACUGGAGAUUUCAGGAGACCAGAUUCAAAUCUCCUGCUGGUCAGUCACUCUUCUCCUCUCCCAUUACAUUUGGUGCCAUUGACCACCCCAGAUGAAAGUCCUGCAAGUCCUGAGCAGCUAAUCCCCCAUCCACCCACCCUCAAAAUUUCAAAUCAAAUUUUUAAAAACGAAAACAUCAGCCAAAAUGUACUUUUUAUGAAUAAGUAAGUGCAAUCAUAGUCUUAGUAUUACCAGUUCAUGUAGUCCAAUACAGAAAUCAUUCUUUGAUAAAGACACAUAUUUAUUUCUCUGUGAGAGCAAAGUGACUAAGAUGAGCAAUAUCAUUAUGUGGCAUAUAUGACCUCUUUUUCAUUGCUGGUACUUUAUAGAUAAUUUUUACUUGUAUUUCAGAUACAUGUUUAUGUAUUUUUCAAUUUUAUUUAGUUAAUUGUAUUGUACAUUUUGAAAUAUAUACUCUUCUCCACAAAUAAUGUUUUAAGCACAUUAAAACAGUGGGUUUUGCAAUAUCAAAUGGUUGAAUCAAAAGCAUUUUUAAUAUAUAUACCCUCUUAUGAAAUGACACUGUUCAAUUUUCUUUAUACCAAAUUGCAUUUUUGUCAAUUAAACUACAUACAUGUACUUUGAAUGUCAUAUGUCCUCAUGCACGUUGUGAAAAACAUGAGAUUAACAUGUUGUUAACUUUGUUGACUAGAAUUGGUGCUGGUCUUAAAUAAAAAUGAAUUCACAAUAAA